UUCACCGUAUUUUAAUUUCCAAAGCUAACAUCUGUCAGUACCUCAUUGCCCUCUCUGGCCGGCCAAACAAUACGUGGCAAACACCCUUUUAGUCACAAGAUUCUUAUAUAUAUAACUUUCAUUAAAUUAAUACUAACUCCAUCAUCACACCAUAUUGUCCACCACCUUCUUUAUAAUAAAUUACUAAACUAUUCUCUUACAGCAACCGCUUCUAAGUUCUGACUGAUGCCAACAAUGGCUGCAGAAGAUAACGAGGCAGAGUCGAGUCUUUACAGAGCCUUGGUGGAACGAUGUUCUAGUCUUGAAGCUAACUAUGCUAAGUUGGAAGCAGAAUUUAGUGAGCUUGUAGAGGAACGUAAGAAAAGAAAAAAUGACGAGGAUGGUGAUAAGUUUAUGGCCAUGAUGAUUCAAGAUUCUGAUGAGGUGACAUGGGAUUCCAGCUUGGGAUGUAUUCCUGGGUUUUUUAUGUCAGGAAGUCCUUAUAAGAAAGUUUUGGAGACCAUUGGACAUGCUAUUUAUGUUCGCGGUGCUGCCUGUGGGGAGAUUAUAUAUUGGAAUCGUGCAGCUGAACACCUUUACGGAUGGAAGGACUAUGAAAUCCUAGGACAAAGUGUCGCUGAACUUCUUGUAGCCGAAGAACACUUCCAACCUCUCAACAGAAUUGUGGAAAGGUUGGGUUUUGGAGAAUCGUGGUCUGGUCAGUUUCCGUUUAAGAAGAAAUCUGGAGAAACAUUUAUGGCAACGGUCACAAAAAGCCCACUGUAUGAAGAUGGUAAGCUUACUGGCAUUAUCUCUGUUUCAAGUGACGCACAAAUACUUAAUUGUCGCCAUUCAAGAAAUAAAGACCUUAUUAGAGCACCAACAAAUGAUUUGAAAAAGAUUCAGUGGCAUCCGCGCCCCCCAAUCGCACCUGCGCAACAGAUUGCAUCGUCAGUUUCCAAUCUGGCCUCAAAAGUUGUGCUUUGGAAUAACGACGACAAUACAUGUGAUGCGUAUAAGAAUUCUGUCGACAAAGAGAAUACUCCAGUAAAAGUUAAGGAUAUUAAGCCAAUAUUGCCCGGUGCACUAAUGCAGGCAACUAAGGUUUUAGCAAAGAUGCAGUUUGGAGGAAUUAGCUGCACAGAAAAAGAAGACUAUAUCAGUCAACGGAAAAAUGGCACAUGUAUUAUCGAUGUAAAUGCAAGCAGAAGUCCCAAUUCUUUGGAAGAGAGUUGUCGGCCCUCUUCAAUGGAGUGCAAAACAUGUUUUACGUUAGCUAAACGAAGAGAUUCAGGUCCCAGAGUAGAUAAUUGCCUAGAAGAUCUGAAUGAGUUGGAGGCUGAAGCACAAACAAUGGGAGGCUUAGAGAUAGAAAAUGAACCACAGAAAUAUUCAGAUGGUAAACAGUUGACAAGUUUACGGAAAAGCUCUGGCAGUCAUGUAAAUUCACUAAGCAAAGGGGGUAAAGACUCGAAUUCCGUGGUAGAUUGUGAGAUUCACUUGGAAGACCUACAGUUAGGGGAGGAGAUAGGGCAAGGCUCAUAUGGUGCUGUCUAUCGUGGAAUUUGGAAUGGAUCGGAUGUUGCUGUCAAGUUUUUUUUUGGCAACCAACUCAAAGAAGAAACAAUACAAGAUUACAAAAAAGAGAUCGACAUGAUGAAAAGACUUAGGCAUCCAAAUGUCUUGCUAUUCAUGGGAGCAGUGUAUUCACCAGAACGACUUGCUAUCGUCACAGAGUUCUUGCCCAGGGGGAGCCUUUUCAAGACACUUCACAGAAACAAUCAGACCUUGGACAUUAGGCGUCGCCUAAAGAUGGCUCUUGAUGUUGCUAGAGGUAUGAAUUAUUUGCAUCACCGAAAUCCGCCAAUAGUGCAUAGAGACCUGAAAUCUUCUAACCUGCUUGUCGAUAAAAACUGGACAGUCAAGGUUGGAGACUUUGGCCUUUCAAGGUGGAAGAUUGCUACCUUCAUAAGCGCAAGAUCUGGAGGAGGAACUCCGCAGUGGAUGGCUCCUGAAGUCCUUCGGAAUGAACCUUCAAAUGAGAAGUCUGAUGUGUUCAGCUUCGGCGUAAUCCUAUGGGAAUUAAUGACUGUAUCCAAGCCAUGGACCAAUCUGAAUUCUAUGCAGGUAGUAGGAGUGGUAGGGUUCAUGGACAGAAGAUUGGAAUUACCAGAUAACUUGGAUCCCACGGUAGCAUCCCUCAUUCAUGACUGUUGGCAAAGUUAUCCUGAAGAACGUCCAUCUUUUGAAGACAUAAUUUAUCGGAUGACGAGAAUAAUUCAAAGAGAUGCUGCUACAUUUCAAGUUCAGAGAGUUUCACGGACUUAAAAUGUGCAAUCUAUCUUGGUUAAAAGCAAAAGGAAAUGAAGAAAAAUGUAAAAGUUAGAGAUAGAGAUAGAUCAAAGAGGAUAGAAAGCUAGCAAGGGAUGGGUUGCUAAAAACAGGUAACCAUCUAAACGAAAUUAAUAUUGUAAUAAACGAAAAAAAAAACUUUUUCAAAGUGAUUAACAUUAUGGAUCGGAGAGAGAAAUAUUUAGUAAUUUGUCAUAUUAUCAAUAUAUCACGUUGAUAAGUUGUAAAAUAUGAUUAAUUAUUAGUUUAUAUUUCAUUAAUAAUUCACUGA